CCUUAACUAUGGGGGAGUUUGCCUGGCAUCAGAUGCCCAGUUCAGUGACUUCCUGGGCAGCAUGGGGCCAGCGCAGUUUGUGGGCCGCCAGACCCUGGCCACCACACCCAUGGGGGAUGUGGAGAUUGGCUUGCAGGAGCGGAAUGGUCAGCUGGAAGUGGACAUCAUCCAGGCUCGGGGACUGACAGCCAAGCCAGGCUCCAAGACACUGCCAGCGGCCUACAUCAAGGCCUACCUGCUAGAGAAUGGUGUCUGCAUUGCCAAGAAAAAGACCAAAGUUGCUCGCAAGUCACUGGACCCGCUGUAUAACCAGGUGCUGCUGUUUCCUGAGAGCCCCCAGGGCAAAGUCCUGCAGGUGAUCGUGUGGGGCAACUACGGGCGGAUGGAGCGGAAGCAGUUCAUGGGUGUGGCCCGCGUGCUGCUGGAGGAGCUGGACUUGACCACCCUGGCUGUGGGCUGGUACAAGCUCUUCCCCACCUCCUCCAUGGUGGACCCAGCCACGGGCCCCCUGCUCCGGCAGGCAUCCCAGUUGUCCCUCGAGAGCACCGUGGGGCCCUGUGGCGAGCGAUCUUAGUGGUGGGGAUGGGGAGGGGCUCCCCAAGAUGGCCUGGAGACUGCCCAGCCCUGACCUGGGACCCCAGGCCCAGGGGCACAUUGAACAGAGGAGGACGGGGCUCUCCCCCCAUAGUGGGGUAGCAGAAUGGGGAGACCUGCCCCCCUUGGGCCCCUCCUCACCC